GCGAAGGCAGGGCCUGGGUGGCGUGACGACGGGGUUGAACGUGGUGUCACCGCUCACUCCGCGAAGUCUGGGAUCUGGCGGGUCGGCUUGGGACCUGUGGCCUCUCCGUCCUUCUGCGAGCUGUAGGGCCGGGAAGCCUGCACCCUCAGGCGCAUGCGCUGCCUUGCCGGAUGCCUUCUGCGUUCGUAGGGUCAGAGGUCAAGGGGAAGGUCUGAGAGAGAGUGAUGUACCGUCUGACCUCAGUCGUGCUACCACGGGCCUUGGCCCAGGCCGUGCGCACAGGACAUCUCAGUGGCCGAAGCCUUCAUAGCAGUGCAGUGGCAGCCACCUACAAGUAUGUGAAUGUGUCAGAGUUGGAGAUGGACAUGAAGUCCGUGACUGACCGUGCAGCUCGGACUCUGUUGUGGACAGAACUCUUCCGAGGACUGGGCAUGACCCUGAGCUACCUCUUUCGGGAGCCCGCCACCAUCAACUACCCAUUUGAGAAGGGCCCGCUGAGUCCACGCUUCCGUGGGGAACACGCAUUGCGCCGCUACCCAUCCGGGGAGGAACGCUGCAUUGCCUGCAAGCUCUGUGAGGCCAUCUGUCCUGCACAGGCCAUCACCAUCGAGGCUGAGCCAAGAGCCGAUGGCAGCCGCCGGACUACACGCUAUGACAUCGACAUGACCAAGUGUAUCUACUGCGGUUUCUGCCAGGAGGCCUGCCCUGUUGACGCCAUCGUGGAGGGCCCCAACUUUGAGUUCUCCACCGAGACUCAUGAGGAGUUACUGUACAACAAGGAGAAGUUGUUGAAUAAUGGGGACAAGUGGGAGGCCGAGAUCUCCGCCAACAUCCAGGCCGACUACCUGUACCGGUGACCUGGCCACGUGGCUCGGUCCCGUAGCCCCUGCUGCCCAUAAAGAAGCUAUGAUCCUACA